CUGUCUCUCUCUCGUGUACGCCAGCAACAGUAGCAGCAGGGCGCCUGUCUCUCUCUCGUGUACGCCAGCAACAGCAGUAGCAGCAGGGCGCCUGUCUCUCGUGUACGCCAGCAACAGUAGCAGCAGGGCGCCUGUCUCUCUCUCGUGUACGCCAGCAACAGCAGUAGCAGCAGGGCGCCUGUCUCUCUCUCGUGUACGCCAGCAGCAGUAGCAGCAGGGCGUCUGUCGCCUUGCUGCGUGUGAGCCGUACGGGAAGGCAGCACGACACGCGACACCCCUCUGGCGGGUGAGCUGCUGCUAGGAGCGGGGAGGUGAAGCCUCAGCUCAGCGAGAGGAGUCGGUGUUGUCCCAGGGUAGGGCGAGUGUGUCGCAGGUGAUGAACAUUGCUGACCACAAAGGAUUUACCCAUGAUUAGAUUCAGUCCCAUCCCUGGACCUUGACUCGGGUAUAGUGAGCCCCACAACCACAUAAAGGGCCAUACAGGGGCAGUUUCAGAUCUAUUGGGUUGUAUAUUGCCAUCCUUGCUCAAGCGGAGCCUACAUAUUCCAGGUGGGUAGUGGGUGCCAGCAUAUAGGUAGUGGGUCCUAGGUAGAGUUUGUUCCAGGUAGACGAGGUUCCCAGGUAGAGUUCAGUUAAAGCGGAGUAAACCGAUCCGAGGUAGAGUGAGUUCCAUGCAGAGUGGAGCUCGGGUCGAGUUGAGUUCCCCAUCGCUGUCGGAGUGAAUCUCACCCCAGGAGGAAGGGGUGGUGGUAGCUCCUACCCCCCCCGUCCCUUCAGGGCCGUGAUGUUGAGGCGUCCAUUCCGUCCGUGAACUCAACCACCAGAGACCCCCUUCGGGGUGGCGAGGCGGCGGCCGGCGGGAGAGAUGGAGUCGAACCGCAAGGGACUUGGGGGAGGACGCGGGGGUAAGAAGAAUUCUGCGGGCGCCUUGGAGCAAGACUCGUACGAGGACCGUCAGGAGAACGAGCUGGAGGUGCUCACGGCCAUCUACGGCAGCGAAUUAACCGACCUGAGGAAGCAAGACCCAUGGAAGGUGCGCCGCCCGCCACAGGUGUGCAUCUCCCUGGCACCCCACGAUAGCACUGGAAGUGCGUGCUACGUGACGGUGGAUCUCACAGUCAGCUGCCCUCCACGCUAUCCGGACGAGCUCCCAGAAAUUGAGCUGAACAAUGCCAAAGGCCUGUCCAAUGAGAGUGUGAAAGAGCUGCAAGCCCAGCUGACAACCCUGGUAUCUGAACUGCGUGGAGAGGUGAUGAUCUUCCAGCUGGCCCACCACGUAAAGAACUUCUUGAUUGACCUCAACGUGCCACCUCCGUGUUCUUUCUACGAGGAAAUGCUGCGUAAUCAAGCAUUGCAGCAACAAAGGCUGGCUCAGGAGCAAGAGACGGCGUUCCGUGAAAAGCUGCAACAGGAGGAGAGCGAGAAACGUGCAAUUGAUCAUGAACUUAUGCGACGAGAGGAAGAGAAGCGAGAGGAGCGGAAGAGGAAGGAAUUGGCUAAGCAGCAGAUGCGCGAGGAAAUGGCGGGCAGCCCCACGAAUGACGGUGGCGUGAGCAGCCAGCCAUCACGGAAACCAACCAAUGGGUCUGGGGAUUGGAACGAGGGCGAGGGCACAAGUCGCGCGCGGAGCCGCUCUGCGAGCCGCUCCAGCAAGAGGGAGCGUCUCACAUCCAUGUGCAGCAGUGACAACUGCAGCCCAGGGGCGGAGGUGCUCAAGUUCCACACGCAAGGGGAGCGCUCCGUGUACCGUGGAAAGUGCAUCGGUGAGAGCACUCACUUGCGCCGCCAAGUAUUCAACGCGCUGGACAACAGCACGGGCGAGCUGGUGGUCGUGUACGAGUGGGUGCUGCGCUGGCCGGUAGGACACCCCGACCUCCGCACCAGCGAAGACAAGGAGCACAUGGAGAAAUGCCGCAAGCAGGUGCAUGGAGCCAGUGCAGAGUUACAGUCGCUGUUGAAACUGCGGCACGAGGCGUUGGUGCCUUACCUUGGCAUGGAGAGCCAGGAGACGGAGACGGCCCUCACCGUGCACCUGCUGGCCGAGCACGUCUCCGGCACGAGCCUGGCCGGCCACCUUGCCCGCACUGGCCCCUUGCCGGUGGAGACGGUACGCCAGUACGCUUCCCAGCUGCUGCACGUGCUCGACUAUCUGCACGCCAGCUCGGUGGUGCACCGUGACUUGCGUCUGUCGAGCGUGCUGCUGGACUGCGCGACUGGCCUGCUCCGCGUCGCCGACUACAGCCUGGCGCGCCGGCUCGCUGACGCGUGCGUGGCAAGCGAGCAGCCCGGUCGGCCCGGCGUGCCGCGGGUCCACUUCGUGGAGCCCGAGUGCGGUCCUGGGGCCGGUGCUGCGGCAGCCCGCUCGCAGCCGCCGAAGACCGGGAAGAAGGGCGACGUGUGGCGGCUCGGCGUGCUGCUGGAGCAGCUCGCGGUGGGACGGGAGAGCAGCAACGAUGACACACCGCCUGCUGAUCUCCCCAUUGACUUGCGGGAGUUCCUUAGCCGGUGCUUGUGCAUGGACGACAAGGAAAGGUGGAGCACCCAGCAGCUGCUGGAGCAUCCGUUCAUCAAGACGCCUGUCUCAUGCUCGCCAUCCACGAGGCCGCGCAGUCCCGAUGAUGACGUGAACUAUGCGGAGGCCCUCAUCCCGUCUCGUGAUAUCCUGGGCAUGUGCUCCCACCUCGACUCGCAGCGCCAGCUCUCCCGUUACUACACCGAGUUCGAGGAGCUCGCCCUCCUCGGCAAGGGCGCCUUUGGGGCUGUCAUCAAGGUGAAGAACAAGCUGGACGGCUGCUACUAUGCCCUCAAGCGCAUCGCCGUGAACCCCACCAGCCGGCAGUUCCGCCGCAUCAAGGGCGAGGUGACCCUGCUUUCCCGCCUCAACCACGAGAACAUCGUCCGCUACUACAACGCCUGGAUCGAGCGCUACGAGCUCUCGCCGUCAGAGUGCGCGGGGCUGAACAGCGGCACCGUCACCACCGCCAGCAGCAGCAGCAGCAGCGACAACAACAACCAUAACCCCGAUGCAGCGGGGAAAGCGGAGGCUGCCAAAGAGACUCCCGACGUGGCUAACGUGCGGGGCCGAGGGCCGGCGAUGCAUCUGAGCCGCCUGUCGGGCAUCGCGGGCCUGGACGACGUGGAGGCGAACGCGCCCCCUCCCGUGACGGCGUCGACGCGGACGGUGGCGUCGGGCUCGGUGGAGUGGAGCAUGUCGUACGAGCACUCGGUGAGCGCGCGCUGCGGCCCCUCCACGACCGGAGGCAGCCCCAGCGACUCGAGCGACGAGGACGACGAGGACGACGUCGUCUUCGGCCGGUCCUUUGUACCUUCGGGCAGUGAUUCUGACUGCGACGUCGUGUUUGAGAACUCGGGUGAAAAAAACCAGGAGUCUCAUGACAGCUCACUGUCUGAUAAAGAGUUGAGCAAAAACCGAGCGCCGGUCUGCCAGCCCACACCAACAGUGGUCCACCAUCUCUUCAUACAGAUGGAAUACUGCGAGAGGAGCACUCUACGCGACACCAUAGACAAGGGCCUGCACAUGGAGACGGAUCGCAUGUGGCGCCUUUUCCGUGAAAUCCUGGAUGGCCUGGCUUACAUUCAUGAGCAGGGCAUGAUCCACAGAGACCUCAAGCCAGUAAAUAUCUUCCUGGAUUCUUCAGACAGCGUGAAGAUUGGAGACUUUGGUUUGGCUACAGAUCACCGGCUCGUUGCAACUGAAUCAAGCAAGAUAGAUGUUUCAACUGCAAAUAUAGAACUUCCCACGGAGAAUAUGGAUGUAACAGGUGGGCUCACUGGGCAGAUUGGCACAGCACUUUACGUGAGUCCGGAGGUUUUGGGGAACAUCAAAGCGGUCUACAAUCAGAAAGUAGAUCUGUACAGCCUGGGCAUCAUCUUCUUUGAGAUGACCUACCAUCCAAUGACGACGGCAUCAGAGAGGGUGGCUGUUCUGCAGAAGCUACGCCUGCCGACCAUUCAGUUCCCUGAAGAUUUUCAUCCGCAAACACUAAAGCAGCAGGCGUUCAUCAUCCGCUGGCUGCUGAACCACGACGCGGGCCAGCGCCCCACAGCGCAGGAGCUGCUCAAGAGCGAGCAGCUCCCUCCGCCACAACUCGAGGAGUCGGAGCUGCACGAGGUGCUCCGGCACACGCUCGCCAACCCUGACGGCAAGGCCUACCGCUCGCUCGUCGGGGAGCUUUUCUCCCAGCGCGUGGCGCUACCCGCGGACUUCACCUACGACAUCGACGUGCACAAGGGGAAUUUUUCUGCCACUUCCAGCAUGGUGCAAAGCUACGUUUACGAAACUGUCUGCAAAGUCUUUGAGAGGCACGGUGCGGUGAAACUCCACAUGCCACUACUCAUGCCCAAGAAUCGGUACCUUUACGAGAACAACGAGGCAGCGGUAUUCAUGGACCACAGCGGCUUCCUUGUGCUGCUUCCCCACGACCUGCGGGUUCCCUUUGCACGGUUUGUGGCAAGAAACAAUGUCACCAACCUCAAAAGGUACUGCGUGGAGCGUGUGUUCCGGCCCAGGAAGCUGCACCGCGCGCACCCACGCGAGCUCAUCGAGUGCGCGUUCGACAUCGUCACGUCGGCCGGUGGCUGUCUCCCGGACGCCGAGAUCAUUUACACCACGUCCGAGAUCAUACAGGAGUUCCCGGUUCUGCAGGAUCGCAACUACUGUGUGCAUCUGAACCACACAGCCCUCAUAAAGGCCAUCCUUAUCCACUGUGGCAUUCCAGAAGACAAGCACCACCAGGUUUACGGCAUUCUCUGUGAUACCAUGAAUGAGAAGCGAACAAAGCAGCAGAUAAUGGCAAGUCUGUGUAGCCUGGGUCUGCAUCCCGACACAGUCACGCUGCUGUUCCACUUUGUGGAGCGGCGCGGGAAUAGGAUGGACGUCUUGGCGGCACUAAGGCCGCUCGCGGGCAAACACUCCAAGACGGUGGGGCUGGUCAAGCAGGGGCUUAGCUACCUGGAGGAGGUCAUGAAGCACCUGGAGUACAUGUGCAUUCGGCAUCAGGUUGUGAUAAGCCUCGGGCUCGUUUACAAAGUGCAGCUUCACAGCGGACUCAUCUUCCAAUUCACCAGCUUUGUCCGGCGCAAAAACAAAACAGUGCUGGAUAUCUUGGCCGCUGGGGGGCGCUACGAUAACCUGAUUUCAAUGUUUCGAGCACCGCAGUCAUCGGGGCCUGUUCCCUCUGCGGUUGGGGUUAGCCUGGCGCUCGACAAGAUCACUUCAGCCAUCCUAAGCAAGGAGGACCCGCCGUCCUUCAAUCUGUGCGAUGUUCUGGUUGGCGCUGUCGGGGACGCCAUGCGUCCCAGGGCGUGCUCCUUGGUCAAGGACAUGUGGGCAGCUGGCCUUCGUGCAGGGGUGCACUACGACGUGGCGCAGUCGCAGGUGGACCUACACGAUUACUGCAGGCAAGCAGACAUCCCUUUCCUGGUGCUGUUGGAGUCCGGGACUGUGCGAGUGAAGGCCGUAGAUAAGGAAUGGCAGUCGGAGAAAAAGGUUGUCGACUUUGAAGUUAUCAGCUUUCUUCAGCAGAAUUUGAAAAGUCGCGCUGCAGAAGAAAGGAAUUGCAGAGAUACAUCAGAAGGAGUCAUUGUUACAACGCAAAAGGGACCAAGUUUUAACAGCACAGGUGCCAGUGAAACCUUUGGAAGUGUAACGGUGCCUAACAUUAACUUUGUCACAACUGAAAAGCUACCCUAUAAUACCAAGAAAAGAUAUGAAACACAGAUUAUUUCUCGGAUUCACCCAGUCGUAAGCAACAUGUUUCAUAAACACUUGGAUGUUGAAGUGAUUGCGGUGGAUUUACCAGGAAACAUGUUGAAGAAUUUUGCCCAUUUGGAGUGUGAGGAUGAAGAGUCCUUUGAAGAGAGCAGAAAGGAAUUAAUCGGCAAAUUGCCAAAGCAGCGAAAGUAUUUGGAGGAUAUCUGCGAUGAAAUCCACGAGCUGAAGAUAGAAAAACGGGUGCCCAUAGUGAUCGUUUACAGCUACAGGGAUGACGUUCACCGUUUCAUCUUCUGAAGCAGCACAGCGGCACACGUCUGCCUCCCCACCGUUGCCAUUGACUGCGCCUCCAGCAGUAUUACUUGAACGCAAGCGGUGGGGAAAUCCAAGAGAUGGGGAGAGGCAGAGCCAGGAGAGGAAGGACACACAUUGCAUGGCACGACCGUGUCUUCCAUAUGAAGUGCGUUAAUGCAAAGACUCCGUUGAGCUGCACGGAAAGUCACAUUACAGAUACUCGUGAGCCGAUCAUACAUGCAACAAAAACAUGAGUUUUUAAAUAAAAUUUUAUGAAGAUAAUCGUGCUUUGUACUGAUGCUUUUCAAGUAUACAUAAAUGUACAUAAUUUCAUGUUUUCCUACUUUAGUGAAAAACUUGUUUUCAAUGCUUGUUAGAUUAGGGGAAUAGGUUACUGUUGGUCAUCGGCCUUAUUAAGAGAAAAAUCAAGUAUGCAUUUCGACAGGACUGAAAUUGAAUUCAUGUACAUUAUAAAGGUGUUCACAUUUGCCUCAUACGAGUGAUUAUGAAAGUGUCAGAUUUGAGAGUUUAUAGGAUGAAAGAAUACUGUACAAGACUGAUAAGGUUGACGAUGUGUGAAAGCACUCAUGUGUAAGUACGCUUGUCAUACCUAUCUCAGUAAUGUAAGCCUACAAUGUCAGGUUUAAAAUCCUUAAACCCUGUUUUUCCCCAUUUGCUAUUAAGUACCAGGAGUGUAACGAUGCAUCGAUUAAUAUCGAUUAUUAGCUUCUCAUGCCAUGCAUAGAACCACCUUUGUUUUGAUGCAUCAGUAAUAAUUAUCCUUUUGAUUCACGUGUUUGUGUAUCAUAGAUAAUGUGACUUCAGGCACAAGAAUGCUGCUACGUUCACCAAUUUGUAAAGAAAAGGGGUUAUUGGACGGAGUCUUGGAACGUGGUUCAAUUGAUGUUGAAGGUGUUGAAUCGUUGCACCCUUAGCUCAUACGAAGACUUCUGCUUUCUAAAGUUCUUGCAAAAAAAUAAUUGCUGUGUCGCUGAAUGUACAUUGGCAGUUUGAAUACUGCAGAUCAUUGUAUAUUUUUGUAAUGGGUUAUUCUUUUAAUGUUGGACAAUGUGACAUUUUUGCCAGGGUGGUACAAUCUCUGGUUAUGAUUGUGAGACCAUAAACGGUAAGCUCGAAAGUGUCAAUAAACUUGAAUUACUUUUACAUUUUA